AUGAAUUUAUGCCAACUUAUAUCUCUCCGUCUGGUCUGUCUAUCUCAAACACUAUUUAUUUCAGUCUCUUUCAUUGAAUCUAUAUCAAUUCUCUCUAUUCAUCUUUCUUUAUCUCCCUCUCUCUCUCUCUCUCAUAUCACUCUAUUCAUAAUUUGUCCUUAUAUAGCUCUUUACCUCCCCCAACAUCUAUCUCUGUUCAUAUUUAUUCAUCUAUCAUUGCUUCUAUCUAUCUAUCUAUCUAUCUAUCUAUCUAUCCUCAUAUUUAUUAUUGCUUCUAUCUUUUCUCAUAUUUAUUAUUGCUUCUAUCUAUCUGUCCCUUCUCAUUUAUUUAUCAUUGCUUCUAUCUAUCCUAAUAUUUAUUUAUCAUUGCUUCUAUCUAUCUCUCUAUCUAUCCUAAUAUUUAUUUAUCAUUGCUUCUAUCUCUCUAUCUCUUCUUAUAUUUAUUUAUCUCACUUCUCAUAUUUAUUUAUCAUUGCUUCUAUCUAUCUAUCUAUCUAUCUAUCUAUCUAUCCCUUCUCAUAUUUAUUUAGCAUUGCUUCUAUCUAUUCUCAUAUAUAUUGCCUGUUCAUAUCUAUCUCUCUAUGUAUACAAACUUUCACAAAUGUUCAUAUAUAA